UGACAUGAUUUUAACGAUUAAAAGACUUUCUUUUGAUCAAGAUCAAAAAAUUUAUAAUUAGUACUAAUACUAACCUGUUGUUAUUGUUCCUUCUACUAUUUUUUAGUGCGUUUAUUAUUUGUCUCACAAAUUCUAGAUUUUUGUAACCAUGUUUAGUAUGGCUUCACUGUGUAUGGAUUUGAUCAGUGAAAUAUUGUUCCUGUUACCUGUGAAGAGUCUGCUACGGUUCAGAAGUGUAUCAAAAUCAUGGUGUUCCUUGCUAAGUGAUCCAUAUUUUGUGAAAUCCCAUUUAGAGUGUAUCAAAAGUGAUUUCAAUCUUGUUUUCGAACUUGUUAAAUACAACCAGUGGCCAUUCCAUAAGGAGCUUAGGUUGCAGGGUAUGGAUUCUCUUAAUUUUCUACCAAAUGUCUAUGAUUACCCUUUUCAUAAGACCCAUGAUAAUGUUGUUUUAAGAGGCUCAUGUAAUGGGUUGAUUUGCUUUACCAAUUCUGAAUAUAACAUUGUUGUGGGGAACAUGUUGAUCAAUGAUUACCAUGUUAGGGAAGUUCCACCUGAUAGAGAGUUUUUGAAUGGGGAGAAAAUCAGAGUCACAUAUGGAUUUGGUUAUGAUUCAAUCCAUGAUGAUUAUAAAGUGGUGAGAAUCCUUUCCCGUUCUCCUCAGGAUUCCAGUUGUUGCAAUAUGUAUGAAGUACUGGUUUAUAGCCUAAGGUAUGAUAGGUGGAGUGAAAUUGGAAUUGGAAAUACCCUUGCACCUUCAGUUACCCUUUAUGGUGGACUGGACCCUCCAAAUGGAGUGUUUCUUUGCACUGCUCUACAUUGGUUGGCAGAAUCACGUCUGCAGGAUGGCAGGAGAUACUAUUUUAUCCUUGCAUUUGAACUUUCAGCCGAGUAUAUUCACACAAUACCAUUACCUUGUGACAUUCAAGUAGAGCAAGGAGGACGUUGCCUCAUAAUGAGUUCUCUUGGAGGUUGCCUUUGUGUAACAAGUAAAGAGAGUUUAGGUGUUAGAAUAUGGGUGAUGAGGAAUUACAUGGCGGAGUCAUCCUGGACUAAACUAUUUCUUAUCUCAAAUGUGUCAUUCUGUGAGGUUCUGAAGCCUCUAGGCUUUUCAAGUAGAGGUGAUAAAGUUCUGUUUCAGAGCAAAUCUAAAAAACUCUGUUGGUAUGAUUCAGAAAAACAAGAAUUUCAGAAUAUGAAGGUUGAUGGUAUGAAUACAGCAGAACUUUUUUUGAGUUCCAUGGUUUCAGUAAGUGCUUACAAGGCAACACGGCAGGGAGUGCAACAUCAAGGACUAAAAAAAGAUAAGCUUUUAACAUGUCAUUUACCAAUUCCGAUUUUUAGCUGCUAGGCUUACAUAGUUUUUCUGCUGGCAAGAAUAUGACCAUAGGUGCUAAUGAUGGUAGUCCUUUUUUUUUUCCUUUUUUUUUUAAGGCUUCUGAAAUUUUCAUACUUGCAAUUAGUUUAGCAUUUGAAUCUUUGUGUUUAUUUAAUUUUUUAUUCAAAUCCUUUGCUGCCUAGUUUGAAACUUUAGAUUGUGACAAUUUUUUGAGUCAGAAACCUGAUUAGUUGUUACUUACAAGGGCCAAUAGGAAAAGGUUCAAAAUCAAUGGGAGGUUCAAAA